AUGCCUCCACAGCCAGAACAACUCACCGUAAGACCCUCCGAGCCCCCUUCCUCCAAAUCCAAAGACGACACCGCUCCUCCCAUCUCCCCCGUUGUUCGCUCUGGCUCCUUCCCGCACAAGACGACAUCCGCGGCCGCAAGCCAGCCCUUCAUCGACAUCGCCACCAGAAGCAUAAACAGCGUACCAGUCGAACUGGAUGGCACACCCACAUCACCCCAAACCCAGCGAGCGCGUAGCGGCAGCGUUGCAUCAAUAGACAAAAAUCUUGCGCAAAAGAAGGCCGAAGAAACACCAGAGCAGCGUGAGGCACGCCUGCGUGAUCCGGCCGUGCUGACAGAGAUCCCGAAGACACCUGGCGCUGACGAAUUGGCCGUGGCGGAGAAGCGGAGGAGGGAUAGCGUGGGCAAGCCGGAAGACACGAAGAUUGCGGAUGGGAGCGCGGCGUAG